AUGUCAGAAUACGAAAACGUUGCCGGUGGUGCGUUAAAGUUAAAGGGCGAUUCUUUUAAGAUUAAAAAGAAAAAGAAGAAAUCGUCUAAAGAAAAAGAAACAAUCACCUCAUUAGCUAAAAAAAUUGCCAAAGAGGAAAAACGAAACCAACAACCAAUUCGUGUUGUAGAAAAAACUGAGGCCGAAAAGAAAUUUGAGGAGAUUCAGCGAAAGAGACUCGAACAAAAGGUCAUUAAGUCAGCUCAAAAGUCUCAUAAAGAACGUGUUGCGGAGCUCAAUCGUAAGCUCGAAGAAAUGACAGAGCAUUACGACAUUCCAAAGGUCGGACCUGGUUAA